UAAAAUCUUACCACUAGAUGGCAGUAGAUUGCAGUCAACGGAAUUUUGUUUUCUUUCUCCUCCCAAUUCAAGCGCAUAAUCCAAACUAUGGUGGCCACUGCAGAACAAAUAAGUUUUAUUUCUUUAAACUAUGUCUUUUUUUAAUUAUACCUUUCACAGUUUAGUCAGCCAAGAGUAAUCAACAACAUUAUACUGCAUCCUGUUACAACCAUAGCCAGCUGGUGUGCGUGACUGUUUGUGUAAAAGAUAUUUUUGGACACACUAUAUUAUGGCACAUUAAAACAAUAUAAACACUUAGCAAUAAAUUACUCAUUUAAAAAAGGGCUAUGCAUGAAUAAAAUAUUCAGUUUUACGUUUUUACCCCUGAGUUAACUACUGUUCAUUUGUUGUGAGUGUUUGCUGUUAGUCCACUGUUUUCCUCAGCUGUCAGAGAAGUGUCUAAUUUUAUUUACUCUGGAGGAGGCUUUAACACUCUCUGAAUGGGUCCAAUGCCAACUGAUGAGUUCAAGUGAUCUUGUUAAAAUUCAACCUCAGUCACCGAGGACACCAGCAACAGUGAUGAUCAGUAACAAUCUGCCUGAUACACAUCCUGGAAAUCAGGAUCCAGGAGUCGGGCCAGAUAUCUCACCGGCAGUUCGACACUUCAGAUACACUUCUGCAACACAGAGGAGUUAUGAGGACGCUGGAUGGAUUGCAAAGGUACCGCGGCACUUGAAGGCACCAGAAGCAACCCUGGAGAAACUGGCAGACCCAGUGAGUGAGCGUGCCUCACUGAGGCGCUACAACAGCCGACCUCAGCUGUGGCAGUCUGUAGGAGCUGAGUGGAACAGGCGACAGCUUCGACUGAGGAAUGAUGCCAAAAAACCAAUAUCUUUCUGCAGUACAUAUCCAAGAUCAGGUCAGAUCCCUCUGUACACUGGCACCGUCGGCUCUGAGAACAUGGAUAACAUUGACAACAUAGAUGAAGACUUCCACCCACUGACAGUAAAGAGGAGCGUCGUUCCUCCAUGCAUGCCGACAGCACGCCGAACCACCAUCCCUGGCUACACAGGCAUGGCUGCCUAUGCUGACUCUGCUGCUCCUGCAACUUCUGCAAGCUCAUCUGGAGCAUUCGAAGAAUUUGGAACUUCUGUUUUCAGGCACACAGCGCCCCUGUCCAGAACGGUGACCGCCGUGGCUCCCUGCAACCCCUUCAUGAGACCCUUGCUUCCUGUCUGGUGCACGAGCGCCACAGCAAGACUUUAGACAAACGAGAU